UGUACUUUGUACACUUCAAGUUUCAACUUUUGCGAAAUUUUAUUUGAAAUUUGAUUCGUUAUGUGUAACAUAAAUUCAUAAUUAGUAGUAUUCUAAUUCAUGAUUUGCAAUAAACAGUUUUACCACUAAACGUCUUAGAUAACACAAAUAAUAUGUUUCGGCCAGCGGGUCUCUCUGAUGAAGAAUCAAACAGUGAUGAUGAGUAUGGAUUUUAUGAAACGCCGAGAAAAAAGUAUACAUUUUCUAAUAACUAUGAAAAUUCUCGGAAGAAGGUUGAAAAUCGAUUACAAGAUGCUGUUAUAAAUGGAAAUCUCAAGGAGAUAGAAAAAAUUGUUGCUCUAGAUCUGAAUAAUGAUGCAAAUUUUAAGCUUGAAAGUGGGUGGACUGCUCUUAUGCACGCCUGUUUUCAUGCUCAAAAAAAGAUAGUGGAGUUUCUCUUGGAAAAGGGAGCAGAUCCCAAUUUACAUGCUGACUCGAUGACACCAGUGAUGGCGGCUUGUUCAAAUAACAGCGGCAGUGAUGAUAUAAUACAUGACAUAGUUAGUAAUCUCUCAAACCAUGACUGUCUCCUGAACAUUGGAGAUAAGUAUGGGCAAACACCUCUCAUGAGGGCUGUGAGCAGUGGCCGUACGUCUGUUGUGGAACUGAUAUUGAGCAAAAAUGUUAACAUUGAAAUGAGGGAUAGACAAGGGUGGACUGCACUAUUUUGGGCUGUACAUCAUAAUCAACCAAAGAUUUUGGAGAUUCUCAUAUCAAAAGGGGCAAGAUUGACUGAAGUAGACAUGCAAGGUAGAACUGUGUUGGACAUAGCGCAAUCUCAUGAAUAUCCACAGAUUAUAGAAAUACUCAAUCAGCAUUUGAAACUCGAUAACAGUGAUGAAGAUUUGUUGGGUACUGAGGUAUCAGAUUUGGCCACAUGGCAGGAUUAUUAUCCAGGCUUAAUAAAUGAUGAAAGACCAAAGUACACCAGUGAAAUAAGACAUCUUUUAUAUGGAAUGAAUUGUGAAAGGUUACACAGUUUAAUGCUGCAAAAUAAUGUGGAUUUAAAGACAUUCCUUCUACUAGAGGAAAAUGAUAUGAUCAAAUUAGGAAUAGAAAUGCCCUUUGAAAGACAAAGGCUCAAACAUGGUAUUCGCUCAUUUCAUGUGAAGGGAUGGAAGUUGAAUACAGUAGCAGGUCUACAUAUUCAGAAAAGUGAUAACUACAGCCUCCAAGAUUGUCUGGCAACUUUAGGGAGUCAUUUGCAACAAUUAUACAUAUUGGAAUCAACUAUACAAUAUCUUAUGAGAGACUAUUGUAAAAUACACAAUCAAAUAAAGUUUGAGCCACCAGAUUCACCAAUCUUAAACAAAAUGCAGUCUGCUGCUAAGAAGCUGUUGGCCAAUAUUAAUAGUAUUAGAAGAGAAAUUAAUAUCAUGAAAAGCAUCCACACUAAGAUAAGCAAAAACAAUCCGAAACCCGCCGACCUAAUAAAAGAAAAGUCAACCAAAGAAUUGGCUAUGGGAUACCUGACUGAUGCUGUUGUUAUCUGCUCAUUGGGUUUCCUCGCAUAUCAUGCGAGAACCUAUGUUACCAGUUUUUUAAGGAAAUAAAUAUUUGUAUGUUGUAUAUUAUAUUGUUUUUAACACGUAACAGUUAAUACACAUUUAACGAUUUCAAAGAUUA